UCUACGGAUCUUCUUCAAGGAAGAAGCUCCCCCCUCUAUUUAAGAUCCUCUUUUCCCUUUUGUUCUACUUUCUUAAUUGCUCUUUUCACAAAAAAUCCUCCCUUUUUAAUUUGUUUUUCAGCUUCCCUGUUUUUUCUCUCUGGUUUCUUCAUACUCUUUUGUUGUGUGUAUAUAUAUAAACAUCUGCUUCUUUGUCCAUAUACAUCUAUAUACACACACAGAGGUUUAGUUCAAUUUGUGGCUUUGUAUAUUGAAUGGAGGAGGCUAUAGUGUUGAACAGAGGAGACGACCUCCUCGAUUUGCCGCCCGGAUUUCGAUUCCACCCCACAGAUGAAGAGAUCAUUACUCAUUAUCUUACAGAGAAGGUCAUGAAUUGCAGUUUCAGUGCAUGUGCUAUUGGUGAAGUUGAUCUCAACAAGUGUGAACCCUGGGACUUACCCAAGAAAGCAAAGAUGGGGGAGAAAGAGUGGUACUUCUUCUGCCAGAGAGACAGGAAGUACCCAACAGGGAUGAGGACUAAUCGGGCGACGGAAUCUGGUUACUGGAAGGCGACCGGAAAGGAUAAGGAGAUUUAUAAGGGAAAAGGAUGCCUUGUUGGGAUGAAGAAGACUCUUGUUUUCUACAGAGGAAGAGCACCAAAAGGAGAAAAAACCAAUUGGGUUAUGCAUGAAUACAGACUUGAAGGCAAAUUCUCCUACAACCUCCCUAAAUCUGUAAAGGAUGAAUGGGUUGUGUGUAGAGUUUUCCACAAGAACAGUAGCACGGGAGGAGCCAAGAAAAGUCCAAUUCAUGAAAUGUUGAGGGUGAAUUCAUUUGGGGAUGAUCAUUUUCUUGAUUCCUCUACACUGCCACCUCUAAUGGAUCCUCCUUACUCAACUGGAACCAGCUCGGGUUUCCGCGAUGGCGAGAAUGAAUUCAAGACCAUCAACACAGCAUCAAUGCCAAGAUCUUCUGAUGGGAAUUAUCUCCAAAACUUUGUGCAGCCUCAAAAUUCCAAUUAUCAAACACUACCAAGCUCUUUUUACACUCAAGUUCCUGAAAUGUCUAAUUCGCUCUUCUCUUUCCAUGGAUCUCCCAAUCUUGGUUACUUGUACCAGGACAGAAGUAGCUUUCUGGGUUCCGGUUACGGUGCCAUUAAUGACAAGCAGUGCAAGGUUGAGCAAUUCUCAUCAAAUCAAUCAAUGGUUAGUCAGGAGACCGGAAUUAGCACCGAUGUGAACACGAAUACCGAGAUAUCGUCCGUGGUGUCAAGGCAUAGCAACAAGGGUUAUGAAGAUCUUGAAGGUCCAUCCGUUGGCUUGGAUUGCUUUUGGGAUUACUGAAAAAUUUGGGAAAAUAAAACAACUGUGCUUGUUUAGCCCUAGCUAGAUAGUUCUUCGUUUCUUUCUUUCUUUUUUUUAUUUCAUCAGUAUGAGUACAUUUUCUAGCUUCCACUAGGAAAAUUAAUUGAUUACUUAGUUUCUCAAAGAAGGUUGUUGAUCAGAUUCAGAUUAUAUAUACACACUUUGUAUAGAUUCAUGGCAUCUUUUACACCCUUUUCAAUUAUUACAUUUUUAGUGAUUGAUAUACAAAAGGAGAGAUUCCAUGAAUGUAUAUGAUCAAAUUCUCAUGUAAAUCCAUAUAUGCUCAUUUCAUGUGUAUUGUUUUGCA